AUGUCAUCCGCCACUGAGUCUACUACUAAGGCCUCCGAGCAGUUCCUUUCUAACAUCAUUGGCAAGUCUGUUUCCGUGAAGCUACACUCCGGUAUGCUUUUCCAAGGCACUUUGGAGUCGAUCGAUGGAUUUAUGAACAUUGCAUUGAACAACGCCACAGAACACUACGAAACUGCUGAAAAUGGACUGUUGCAUAGAUACGAUGGAGACGUGUUUGUAAGGGGUACACAAGUUUUGUAUAUUAGUGAGGCUUAA